AUGGUAGAGGAGGCGAAUAUCGUACGGCAAAAAAUUGCUCGUUUGAUGGGGGACGAAAAACUGGAAAAACGACUUCUCGUUCCGAAUCUGAGGGUAGCAUCUCUAUAUUGGCUCCCAAAAAUUCACAAGAAUCCAAUAGCAAUGCGCCCGAUCUCCUCCAACAUAUGUACUCCAACGGAAAAAAUGACUGCGUGGUUAGUUAGUGAAAUUAAAAAAUUCCUAAUAAACCAUGGUAAAACCGUAAAAAACGCUUUGGAACUGGUCGAGCAAAUCAGAGACUUGCAAGUUCGCCGUAAUGAAAUUCUGGUGUCUUUCGAUGUCGCUGCGUUGUUCCCAAGUGUGCCAGUCACAGAUGCACUGCGAAGCCUACGUCAUCAUUUGGAACGUCAGCGUGUUCCAAUAAAUCAAAUAGAAGCUUACCUUUCGGUGGCAGAAGUUUGUAUGAAACAAAAUGUGUUCCAAUUCCGGGGAAAGUUUUACAAACAAGUCUUCGGACUUAGUAUGGGCAGCAAAUUGUCCCCGUUGCUAGCUGAGCUUUUCAUGAAUGACUUCGAAGUUGAAUCACAAAAAGAUAAACUCUUCCCCCGAGUUUGGAAAAGGUAUGUAGACGAUGUUUUUGCCCUUGUCAAAGAACGAUAUUUACCCCAAACAUUAAACCUACUAAACUCAAAACACGCCUCAAUAAAUUUUACCGUUGAAAAAGAAAAAGAUAAAAAACUGCCUUUCCUGGAUUUGUUAAUCACGAAAAAAGAAGACGGCACUUUGAAAUUCGGCAUCUAUAGGAAACCGACGUCUACAGACCGCUACAUAACAGUGGACUCCAACCACUUUGGCGCCCAGAAACAAUCGGCCUUUCACGCCAUGGCGCAUAGACUCUUUAACAUUCCUUCGGAGAAAGAUGAAUUUGAAGCGGAAAAGGACAGAAUCUACAAAGCAGCCGAAGAGAAUGGUUUUAACAGGAUAUUGGUUCAAAAAAUACUUCGGAAACAUGAACGGAAAAACACCGACAAGAUGCAACCACACUUCAACCGGAAAAAGAAAUCCCCACCAGAAUCAGCUUGCCGUUCUACCCAGUUCUAA